GCCCUCCCGCGUUCGUAAUUUUCAUCCUACUCAAAAACAACAAACAAAUUCUUGCUUUUGCUAUACGUCUAAUCUGCUCAUUUGAUCUUUGUUUUUCUGGUCAUCGGAAAAAAAUGUCAGGGAAAGGUGAAGGACCGGCGAUUGGUAUCGAUCUUGGAACUACUUACUCCUGCGUUGGUGUUUGGCAACAUGAUCGUGUUGAGAUCAUUGCCAAUGAUCAGGGCAAUAGGACGACGCCGUCUUAUGUUGGAUUUACGGAUACUGAACGUCUCAUCGGAGAUGCUGCCAAGAAUCAGGUCGCCAUGAAUCCGACCAACACUGUUUUCGAUGCCAAGCGAUUAAUUGGAAGGAGGUUCUCUGAUCCAUCGGUGCAGAGCGACAUGAAGCACUGGCCAUUUAAGGUUGUUCCCGGUGCCGGAGACAAACCCAUGAUUGUUGUCUCGUACAAAGGUGAAGAUAAACAAUUCUCUGCUGAAGAGAUUUCUUCCAUGGUUUUAAUCAAGAUGAAAGAAAUCGCUGAAGCUUACCUCGGAACCACCAUUAAAAAUGCUGUGGUCACCGUCCCUGCCUACUUCAACGACUCGCAGCGUCAAGCCACCAAGGAUGCCGGUGUCAUCUCGGGUCUUAAUGUGAUGAGAAUCAUCAAUGAGCCGACUGCCGCCGCCAUCGCUUACGGGUUAGACAAGAAGGCUGCCAGUGUUGGAGAGAAGAACGUUUUGAUUUUUGACUUGGGUGGGGGCACUUUUGAUGUGUCUCUGCUCACCAUUGAAGAGGGUAUUUUUGAGGUGAAAUCGACUGCCGGAGAUACCCAUUUGGGUGGAGAAGAUUUCGACAAUAGGAUGGUUAACCACUUCGUUCAGGAGUUUAAGAGAAAGAACAAGAAGGAUAUUACUGGGAAUGCAAGAGCUUUAAGGAGGUUGAGAACUGCUUGUGAAAGAGCAAAGAGGACUCUUUCAUCAACAGCUCAAACAACGAUCGAAAUUGAUUCUUUGUAUGAGGGAAUUGAUUUCUACUCAACGAUAACACGUGCAAGAUUCGAAGAAUUGAACAUGGAUUUGUUCAGAAAGUGUAUGGAGCCAGUUGAGAAGUGUUUGAGAGAUGCGAAGAUGGACAAGAGCAAUGUUCACGAUGUGGUGCUUGUUGGUGGGUCGACCCGAAUUCCCAAAGUGCAACAACUACUGCAAGAUUUCUUUAACGGGAAAGAUCUCUGUAAGAGCAUCAACCCUGACGAAGCGGUGGCCUAUGGUGCAGCGGUUCAAGCUGCCAUUUUGAGCGGCGAAGGCAAUCAGAAAGUCCAGGAUCUGCUUCUGUUGGAUGUGACCCCUCUGUCUCUGGGACUGGAGACUGCCGGCGGUGUUAUGACGGUGUUGAUACCAAGAAACACCACCAUUCCCACGAAGAAAGAGCAGGUGUUUUCAACUUACUCCGACAAUCAACCUGGGGUUUUGAUCCAGGUKUAYGAGGGUGAAAGAUCAMGRACYARAGAUAACAAUCUGUUGGGCAAGUUUGAGCUUUCUGGGAUCCCACCGGCUCCUCGUGGAGUUCCACAGAUCACCGUCUGUUUCGAUAUCGAUGCUAACGGGAUCUUGAAUGUGUCUGCGGAGGACAAGACGACAGGGCAAAAGAACAAAAUCACAAUUACGAAUGACAAAGGGAGGCUGUCAAAGGAGGAGAUCGAGAAGAUGGUGCAGGAGGCGGAGAAAUACAAGGCUGAGGAUGAAGAACACAAGAAGAAGGUGGAGGCGAAGAACGCGUUGGAGAACUACGCUUAUAACAUGAGGAACACCAUAAAGGAUGAUAAGAUAAGCUCAAAGCUGCCGGCGGAUGAGAAGAAGAAAGUAGAAGAUGCGGUGGAGGCGGCUAUCCAGUGGUUGGAUGGUAAUCAGCUGGCGGAGGUUGACGAGUUUGAAGACAAGAUGAAGGAGUUAGAAGGGGUCUGUAAUCCAAUAAUUGCGAAGAUGUAUCAGGGUGGUGCUGGUGGCCCUGAGAUGGAUGAGGGUGGUCCUGCUGCUGGCGGAAGCGGUGGCGCUGGGCCAAAGAUUGAAGAGGUGGAUUAAGUGGGUGAGGAUGUGCUGUUUGUUACAGUGUCUUUAGUGUAGGUGGUGGUCAUGUUUUGGUUGUUAAUUUAUGUUAUGUCGGUUCUCUUGUUGCUACAUGUGUCUACGAUUAUGCUGUUCUAAUUGGUGCAUGUUUUGUUGGUUGUAUGAUCGAAUUCUAGCCUUAGGGGUUGUUUGUUUGGGUCUGAAUGAUGAUAUUGAGAGUAAACCUUUUAAU